AUGAAUAAUUCAAAUUUAGAAGAUUUUUUAACCAAUAAUGCCAUGAAUCGUUGCGUCAAUCCAUUACAAUCGGAAACAAUUUCAUCGAUUAAUGAUAAUAAUGGUUCAUCAUUUAUGACAACAACAACAACAACAGAAAUUGUUACAAAUAAUUGCAUUAAUACCCCCACCACAACAUCGAUUCGACCACGUCCAAUUUCAGUAUCGGCAUUUAGUUUUGAUAGUGGUUUUGAAGUUUCACCAUUUUCUAAUCAUUCAUUUCCAUUUGGUGUAGAAUCGGUACCGAAUAUAAUAUUGACAAAUAAUAUUAACAACAAUUGUACAUCAUCAACAACAACAACAGCUAUGGCUACAAAUACAUCAAUGAAUUCGAUGAUUGUACAAGAAGAUUAUGAAGGUAUCGAUGAUGAAUUAAUUUCAAUUGAUCAUCAUUUUACACCGAUUCAUUCGCCUGCUGUUGUUAAUCGAAAUUCAUCUACUACACAGAUGAUGAAUCAUUUUACACAACGACAACAGGCAUUCAAUUUGGCCAUACAAAGACAAGAAAAUCGUUUAGUAAAAAAUGAAAUGGAAAAUAAUAAUAAUAAUAAUGAUUCAAAUUUUCCGAAUGCAUAUCAAUAUGAUAUAUUUUCUUUUGAAGAAGUUGGUGAUGAUGAUGUUUUUCUUAAUGAUAAUGAAAAUAUUGAUGAUCAUCAGCAUCAAGAAUUAAUGAUAGAACGAGAAUGGUAUCAACCGAUACGACCUAGUUGUUCAAUGGCAUUGAUGUACGAUGAUGACAACAACAAUAACAAUGAAGAAUAUCAAGUACAAAUGGAGCAUAUUGAACGUGAGCCAAAUUUAAGCAUAACAACAAGUUCGAGUACAAGUCGUUGUUCAAGUACACCGAUUCCAAUUCCUGGUGCUAGUACAUAUGGUCGUCAUCGUUAUCGUUCACCACAAUUAAUGGAAAAUGAUGAUGACAUUAAUGAAAAUUUUUCAAAUGAUUUUAUUGAUGGUACAAGUGCAAGUCAUUUUAUGGCCGAACAAAAUGAACCCGAAUUUAGCCUUCCAAAUGGCCGUCGAAUGCCUUAUUUUCAUCGAAUGGCACCACGAUUGAAUCGAAGCAAUGUUUUUAAUUCAUUGUUCGAUAAUGACAAUAAUGAUGCGGAUAAUUCAGCUGUUUCAAUCAUCAAUAAUAAUAAUAAUCGUCCGCAUCAAUUUGGUUCACGAUUUCAACUUUCUUUAUCAAUGAUUCAAGGUUAUCGUGAUCAAUCUGAAUGUCAUAGUCCACCACCACUUCCAACAAUACCAUUGAAUGAAAUCCAAAUGGCAUCAGGAUUUUCUUUUCGUUUUGGACGUCAAUCACCGAAUCAUUUUUUGAUUAAUUCACAAAAUUCUCGUAAUUCUCAAUUGUUUCAAUCAACAAUCAAUGAAAUUUAUGCCAAUCAAACAUUGUAUGGAUCUCGAAGUUUAUUAUCACCAAUUAUCGAAAUGGAAAAUGAUGACGAUGAACAUUUACAAUUUCCAAUGAGUCUUGAUUCUAAUGAUGUUCAACAAUCAUCAUCAUUACGUAUGGAACCGAUAAUGGAACAAUUGGAUACAAAUGAAUCAAAUGAACAAAUAAUACGUAAUGAUUCAUUAUCAUCAUCAUCAUCGAAUAAUAAUAAUAAUCGACCAUCAAUGGAUGUUGAUCUUGUACCAUUAAUGGAUCGUCGUUUGAAUUCUUGUUGCCAAUGUCGUCAACAUAAUAAUAAUAAUAAUGUUGCUGCUAAUUCAAUAACAACAACAAGAAAAUCAACAAUUGCACCAUUACCGGAUGUUGUUCUCAUACCGAAAUUGGUAACAAAUCGUUCAAAUAAACAACAUCAUCAACGCAAUACUUUGCUUUCAUUUCAUGAAGUGCCUUAUCAUCAUCAUAAUGAUGAUUCCUUUAGUCAUAAUCAUCAUCAUCAUCAUCAUCAUUCAAAUGAACGUCGAACAAUGUCCGUAUCAUUACCAAUUGAUUUUGAAAAGAUUUCUGAACUUGGUAAUGAAUUACGACAAAUUUCUCAUAAAUUUCAUAUGUUAAAGAUUCAACGAUCAUCAUCAAAAAAUAAUUUGGCUCAUAUGACACGAGAUAAUCAUCAUCAUCAUCAUCAUCAUCAAACUGUUAAUGGAUCAUCAUCAACCAUCAAUGGUAAUGAACAACAACAACAACAAACAAAUAAUGUUGCCAUUAAUAUGAUUCGUUCAAUGUUGGAAAUGAUAACAUUUUUAUCAUCAACAUCAAAUAAUUCUUCUAAUCAAUCUACUGAACAAUCAUCUUCAUCGAUUUUUACCGUUAAUAAUUCCACUUUUUAUACUGGAUCAUCAUUAAAUCAAUCAUCAUCAUCAUCAUCGUCAACCACAACAACAACAAAAACUGCUGCAAAAUUGGAUGAUGAAAAAAUUCCUUGAAAAUCAUCGAUCAAAAUAAUCAAGAAUUUCU